CAGGGCCCAUAUGCAAAUUGGAGAAUCUUCUCGGAAGCGGAAUCGAGCUGUCAGUGUGGUGGCUACAGUACCAGUACCUGGUGUGCUUUGCAUGGGCUACUUCCAAUACGACGGCAUUACACGACAGACAGUUAUGACUUAACACGAACCCAAUAACAAACGUUUUGAGGCAGUCAGCGGCGGAUUCUUUCUUCGACUGUGGUCUGACCACAUCACUGUGACUUCACUCAUCACACUUUCCCGGUUUUGGAAAUAAUUGUUUAUUGUAGUCACGCUGAAAACAAAGCAAUCAUGAGCACGCAUGAAUCGGAUGUGCACACCAUCGCUCCGGAGCUUCCGGCGAUGUUUGAUGGCAUGAAAUUGGCAGCGGUGGCGACGGUCCUCUACGUCAUUGUGCGCUGCCUCAACCUUAAGAGUCCAACCGCACCCCCAGACCUCACCUAUCAAGACACACCCCUCAACCACUUCCUGCUCAAGUCCUGUUCUCAGCUGACCAAAGAGUAUAUCCCACCAUUACUAUGGGGCAAGAGCGGUCACCUCCAGACGGCCUUGUACGGCAAACUAGGUCGGGUGAGCGCACCUCAUCCCAGUGGCAUCAGAAAGUACUUGCCCAUGUCGGAUGGGGCCACUGCGACCUUUGACCUCUUUGAACCAGUGGGGGACCAUCGAACAGGAGAUGACAUCACCAUGGUGAUCUGCCCCGGCAUCGGUAACCACAGUGAGAAGCAUUACAUUCGAACCUUUGUGGAUUAUGCCCAGAAGGACGGCUACCGCUGUGCUGUGCUAAACCACCUUGGAGCUCUACCCAACAUCGAGCUCACGUCACCACGCAUGUUUACAUAUGGGUGCACAUGGGAGUUUGCCGCCAUGGUUGGCUACAUUAAGCGGAUGUAUCCUCAAACCCAGUUGAUAGUGGUGGGUUUCAGUCUGGGUGGAAACAUUGUCUGCAAGUUCCUAGGUGAGAACAUGUCCAACCAGGAGCGAGUGCUGUGCUGUGUCAGCGUCUGUCAAGGUUACAGUGCUCUUAGGGCCCAGGAAACAUUCCUACAGUGGGAUCAGUUCAGGCGCUUUUAUAAUUUUCUCAUGGCUGACAACAUGAAGAAAAUAAUCCUUUCACACAGGCACAGUCUAUUUGGGGGAAACUCGGUUAAAAUGGUGCCUGGAGAUCUUGGUCGGCUAUAUACAGCAACAUCCCUCAUGCAGAUCGACGACAACAUCAUGAGGAAAUUUCAUGGCCACAGCUCUCUCAAAGAGUAUUAUGAGAAGGAAAGCUGCGUCCAUUAUAUUCACAAUGUAAAUGUCCCACUGCUGCUUGUGAACGCUGCAGACGAUCCUCUGGUUCAUGACUCUCUGCUCAAAAUCCCCCGCACAUUAGCAGAGAAGAAGCCCAAUGUCAUCUUUGCCUUGACGCUACACGGUGGGCACCUGGGUUUCUUCAAAGGUGCCGUGCUCUUCCCCAAACCCCUCACCUGGAUGGACAAAGUGAUUGUGAGCUACGCCAACGCCAUAUGCCAGUGGCAGAAGCAGAAAGCGCCGUGCCAAAGUGACCCCCUGAGUGAGAGUUCCUGCACAAAGGAAAAAGCCUAAAAUUUUUCUCCACGUCUUUUUCGCACUCCCUGACCACGUAAGACUCCACUGUUCGACACUUAGGAGACAUGUGGAAGUGCUCCCUCCCUCCUCUGCCUUCUUCUUUGGUGCUGCACCUGCCACACGUCCCCUUGCCUUCAGCACAGGAACAACAAUCUGCUUCUGUAAAGUUCAGAGCAGGAAACACAUUGUUUCACGACAUGUGCUCAGCGGUGACCUUUGAUAAUGAAGGCAUUGACCAAAUAUGAGUCAAAGUAAUGUGGCCAUUACGGAUCACUGCUUAUCACCGCCAUUAUAGCCUCAUGAUGUCUGCUUGAUGCAGCAUCAGUCAUAAAUAUAGCAAGACUGGGAACCAUGUGUAACACGAUCAUCACGUAGGCCCGAUUCAAGCGUAGGAAAUUAGCAGUUAACGAAAACAAGUAAUAUUUUGGUCGGAUUUCUGUUCCACCCCCCCUCUUACUGUGUGCAUGACACUUGAAGAGGAAGAAAGCACAUUUGCUCGUGAGGAGGGACCAAGCCCAAAAAGAUCAAUCCAUGCACAUUCCCGCAGUCACUUUCUAUUACUCUGAUUCUUUGCACUUUAUAGCUCCUCCCAUCCCUUCAAGUUUUUCUUUUGCUCUCUGCUAGUGAGAGGACAACGUUGGGCGUAUGUGUGAGAUCAUUCAGAUGUCCCCCGUGUGCGUUGCCUCUUGUUGGUGUCACCGCAAUCUAUUUCCACAGCUGCAGCUCGAGUGGAGACGCUGACCCACUGCCAAUGCUCAGUGGCCAGAGCCAAGGCCUUGUUCGCUGUACCGUUAAAGGGACGGCUCGGCAUUGGCAAGCACACUUGCUAGCUUGGCUCGAAUAAUCUCAGUCAAGUCACUAAAUGAUAAACCAAAUGGUUCUUUUUGUGGACUGUUUGAACAAUACUGGUGAUUGUGAUGUGUUAUCAGCCAGUGAACAGUGCACAUUUGAGUGACAGAUACUUAGAUGUAAGGUGAAGGACGAUGUUUUUUUUUUUUAUGGUGUUCAGUGCUUGAGUGCAGCUACUUGAACAAAAAAAAAAAAUGCAGUAAAUUGCUCAAAUGCAAAUUAUUAAAACAUGAAUUAUUAGAGAUCUAAUUGCAACAUUAAUACUUUUGACUCAAAGGCAACAUAACUCCAAUUACUCUUAUGUAAACAUGAUGAUGAGAUAGUUUAGUUUACUUGAAGAAGAAAAAAAAAAGCCGUAACAACUGUGUAUAUUGAAAGAUCCAGCACCAAUUUCAUGUAAAAUCUGGUUUUCGCCCUCACGUAUUUUGUAAUUUUUUCUUACAUUGUCAGAAAAAAAAAAAAUAGAAUACAUAACUUAGACAAUUAUUUUGUCACGAAAGUGAGGAAUAAUGUA